CAUUUGGCAGGAAUCUUCGAAAAUGGUCUACACCGAACGUACCGACAAGUGCACCACCAGCACCAAGGACAAUCACUCCAGCAAGGGGCAAGGGUCCGGCUCCCGCCCCCGCUCUUCGUCCCAAUCGCAGGGCAGCAGCAAGCCCAGCCACAGCUCGGGCGCCUGGAGCAGUCAGGCCUCCAGCUCGGACAAAUGGAAGUACAACAAUAUGGUCCAGAACGAUCGGGAGCAGUUCAAUGGCAUGCACUUCUCCUAGGCAGGGGGGAGGGCCCAAAGGGACCUGCCAAGGACUAGUUGUAGUACACUUUUAAUGGACUUAAGUAUUGCUAUGUGAUACGUGAAAAAAAGGCAACAAAUAAUCUAAAUUCCAAUUGGAGAACUAAAAUUAAAAAAAGAACAAAAGAUGCGCCAGAAAA